CGCUCUUCAUAAUUCAGUAAUACUGCCAAGUUGGACGAGAUUCUUUUUUGACAAUAUGCUCAAAGUUUACCGUUCAGCGAAGCUAUAACAGAGGUUGUUGGCGAACAAUGUCUUUCGCAUAUAAUCCUAAGGCCAUGAGAAAACCACGACCAUCUUCCGGGCACCAAUAAAGCCCAAAGCACGACCGUCAUGACAGAUCACCACUCGAAACCCGUUGGCAAAACUGUUGAGUUGUUUACAUCAACAUGGCGGAAUACGGGGAAGGGACAGAAGGGCGAAGAAAGUGGUUCAUCCCGCUGGAGAAGACGAUCCUGACAGCCCUGGUCGAGCAGCAGAAAUCGAUCGUCGAGUCAAAGAAAAGGGACGGGGCCUCCAACAGAGAGAAGGAGAAGGUGUGGGAGGUGAUCGCCGCCCAGUUCUCGGCCCAUCCGUCCACGCAGCCGAGGACGAGCCGGGAGCUAAGGCGCUGCUGGGAGAAUAUGAAAGCGAGAGCGAAGAAGGCUCUGGAGAGUGAUCGAGCAAGAGAAGGAUCUGAAGACAAUAGAAACCUUGGUUCAGCUGUGACACCAGAAGUGGAAGCCGUGCUGAAUGUCAUCAGCCCGUAUGAUGAUGUGAAGAAUGUUGUGGUAGAUCCACAAGAUAUAGUGCCAGAUUGUCUUAUGCCAGAAGCCUCUGCAACAACAAACUCCAAUAUCAGAAUGGAGAAUUUUCAGACCAGUCAGUCAUCUGCUUCUGACAACUCCCAGAACUGUGAACAACCCUCUUAUUAUGAAAAGCCUAAUGCUGACUUAACUGCCAACAUAGGACCUUCAAGGCGAACAAGAAAACAAAAAAUGGACCAGCUAUGUGACCAAGAUAUCUUAUUAGCUCAGUUGCAAAUGCAGCAAGCACAGUUGUCAAUAGAAAAUUUAAGACUGGAGAGGAAAACACUUCAGGAACGAUACCAGCAACAAAGGGAAGCUCAUGAAUGGCAGAGAGCACAGCAUGAAGCCAACCUAAAUUUAGCCAUGUUGCAAAUCAAAUUUUGGGAAAAGAAAACUGGAUAUGGGGAUAUGGAAACAUGAACUUGGGUCAGGAAAUAUGCAGGGGCAAAAUUUCUCUAAAAGGAUAUUUUGAUCUUUGAAUGCUGACUAUUGGAAGUAUUAGCAGCGGUUAUGACUGUCAGAUUUAUUGGGAGUACCUGAGUUAAUCAUGAUCUUAUAUUAAAUGUUAUGAAAGUUUUUAAUUGUUUUAUGUUAUAUAUGGUUAUAUAGUGUAAAUUUGCUAAAAUCUGACUUAUUUGUUGACAACAAAAAUGAGUUUGAUAAUAUGUUGCACAUUGUGUAUUUUUUAAUACUUUAACCAUUCUAGUUUUAAUAAGAAAAUAUAUAAGAAUAGACAUAUAUAUACAAAUACAUAUAUUUUUGUUAUAUUAUGCUUUGUAAUGUGUGCAGGAUGAAAUCCAGAAACUGUAAUGGAUCGCAGUUGUUCACAAAUUAGCUUUACUUCUAAAGUGAGAAGGUAAUGAGUGAUUAUUUACACUAUGAUGCUAAUAACUGGGGUAUCUAGUGAUAUUCAGCAAUAUAGAAUUACAAAGGCUUUACAUCAUAGGAAGGGCUGCCGUCUCUGAAUGAGGGAGGCUACAUUACUCCCCUGACAAGCUCAGGGUGACUGGUGCUUACACAGAUAAACAUAUUUGAGAAUAUAAUGGGUAAAUGAUGCUUAUUCAAGAUACCUCAAGAACUUACAACUAACCGGAAGCAUUUCAUCCAGAUAACCAGAAGUGUACCCUACCUCAGUAUAAAGGUGACUUCUACAAUAUUAAGUAAUAUAAUAUCACAUUUAACUACUUAAUUCCUUCAAUGUAGAUUAUUGAACAAGCUGUUGCAUCUUCCAUGUUAUUUCUACCUUAGAAAGGCAGUGAUUGUGAUAAGACAAAAGAUGCAGUGGUAAAGUUUCAGGCACCUAGGCCAGUGUUCACAAAAGGCCAUAGGAUUUUCUUUGACAAAUGUAAAGGACUGUCCUAAAAACAGUCUGACUCCAAAAUUUGUCUAUGACUCGGUCAAAAGACUGUUCUUAGAGAUUUAGUCUCUUGACUCUCCCUGUCACCAUAGAUCAAAGUUAACCUAAAUCCGACGGGCAUGACAUGUAAGUACAUGCCAUGCCCACUGUGAGUCUACUUUGUUUUUAUACAUAGAUGGCUACACUUGUACUAAGUCACCAAAGAGCCAUUUACAACUACUACCUGUCUCACCUGUUUACCCUUUUCCUUAAUUUUCUAAAAUAUUUUAUGCUAUCUUAUAUUGCCACUACUAAUGUCAAUAAGAUUAUAGUAAAUAUAAUGUCUAUAAUAAAAGUAACACCAUCAAUAUUCAUAGCAAUAGUAAAAAAAAAAAGAAAAAAAAAAAAUCCUACCAAUUGAAGGAAAGGUGAAAUCAGGUUGGGUUACAAGGUCUACUAAUUGACUCCUUUGAGCCAUCUGUGUGCAGAGAUAUUUCACAAAAAAAAAUUUAAAUGAGCACAUCAUUUUCACAGCGGCAUUGAGUUAACAGCUAAUUUGAACUGAUAUUUACUUUUUAAAAGACCCUAUAAUAAUAAUUCAUUGAAAUGAAAUUACUGUUGCAGAGAAUCUGAAGUAUAUGAUGACUGUCAUAUUACAUAUCUAUUAUCUUCUAUAUGUUCAUGAUGCACCCCUCUACAUUUAUCAUCAUUGUGUCAAGCUGAGAGGUUGUGUGGCCCCAGUUCUAUUAAUCAAUGAGAAAAAAAAUAGUAAGCAUGGAGGAAAUGGCUUAAUUAAUAUGACAAUAAGUGAAAAAGUAAAACUUU